AUCAAAAUAUUUCAAAAAAAUUGAUAAGAUAAGCGUUAUCAACUCCUGGAGGUUUCAUACCUUCUAACCCUCCUGUUGUAUGUACAAAAACAAUGGGAUUUUAAUUAUCUUGAUUUUGUUGUUUUUAAAAUGGGGAACGGAAAAAGCCAGCCGGCAGGGCUGGAAAUCGACGAAAAACCGUUCCUGACGGGCAACUUCUACUCACUACACAACGCGACCUAUGGCCAGCCGGAGAGAAGGGUCACAGUGUUCGAAGGCAUACUCACAAACAAGGCGAAACACUCAGCCGUGGACAGGUUCGCCAAGAAUAUCAUGGUACACAGACACCCGAACAUCCUGAAAUACGUGGCGUCUUGGAGUGUAGGCGAUAAAUUCCACCUGGCCACCGAGGAGGUGAAGCCUUUGCAGCACGUAAUCGACGAACAGACGCCGUUGCAGAUCUGUGUCGGCCUGCACAGCGUACUCAAGGCGAUUCAAUUCCUACAUGAAAAGGCCUGCUCGUCGCACAAUAAUAUUUCACAGUCGGCCAUUUAUGUCACACCAGACGGACAGUGGAGGCUUGGAGGAAUGGAGUAUUUGUGCAGGUUUACCGAAUUAAAUUAUAAAUUUUUAAAUGAGGCUAAAGAAGGGAGAUACGACAGUGGUAUUUACCCAGGAGGGACAAAAGUGCCUAAUCCCCCUUCGGUAAUUGACAGGUACGCAUUUGGCGUACUCGUGGAAGAAGUCCUUACAUCAAGAAUAUACGACAGCGUACCAGGCUCAUCGGACUUUCUACAAUUGGCGAAAUGUCAGCUGCAGUCGCCCAUACCAGAAAAUUGCCCUUCGCUUGAAACCCUGAUGAAACACCCGUUUUUCAACCACGAGUUCAUCGCGAUACACAAUUUCCUCAUCGAGCUGCCGUUGAAGACAGAAGUUGAAAAACAACUUUUUUUUAGGGAGUUGACGUUGAAAUUGGGUGAAUUCAGUGAAGAAGUAGUCGCUGGACAGUUAGGAGCGCUGUUACUAUCGAGGAUAGUUCUUCUUGACUCGACAGCGCAGAAGUUCCUUUUGUCACAAAUUUUAAUUCCAAAAUUAAGCGGAGACUCUGCGAAUUUAUUUUCGGAGAAUGUAUUCAAGAAGUACAUCGUGCCAAAGUUAAUGUCAAUAUUUUGCGUGAGGGAUAUUCAAGUCCGCCUCACGCUUUUAUCUCAUUUCAAAUCGUUUUGUUCUAUGUUCACUCCCAUCCAGCUCCACACGCAUAUUUUGCCAGAGCUUUUAGUCGGUAUAAAAGAUACGAACGACGACCUUGUAUCAGCAACGCUCAGAGCCCUUUCAGAUCUCGUACCAAUACUUGGCGCCGCAACCGUUAUCGGUGGAAAGAGGGCGAGGCACUUUUCAGACGGCCGUCCAAAAGUUCAUCCUUUAAAGGGUAUCAAGAAGAAGACCGUUCGGAGCACCGAGGUUGAAAAUUCAGGUGAAGAUAUGUUUUUAUGCGAAAGGCCUUCUCCGGAUGGGGGAGAAGCGCCUUCUUCUCAGCCACUCUCUGAGGAUGAAGUCGAGCAGUGGGAUUCUUGGGAUCCAUCUCCUGUUCUCGAACCCGUUGAAAUUGUACCGACAAUAGAAAUAGAGAUAAUACCCGAGACGGUACAGUUGAAAACGCCAGAUUUGCCAAGCGAAAAGGAAAAGGAUGACGGGGAAGUCAAAAAGCGACCUUCUUUGCAACAAGAAGAAGUUGAUUUCUUCCACGACAUGGUGCCCGUCAUAUCUAAAACUCAGAUCAUACAGAUCACGGAAGUUCAGCCAGAAGCCGAGCCGGAAAAGACGAACAGGCUUUCUUACGUGGCAGACGAGGAGUGUACUGGCGAAGGAUGGGGGGAUGACGGCCUCGAAUGGGCGGAAGUAAGCGACCCGUCUGAUGCCGAAGCCAAACCCGAUUCAUAAACAUCUCAACUAAUUGUACAUAAUUUCAAGGAAAAACAUUUUUAUUUACAAAAUAUUGCAUUAAAUUAAAAGAAAAAACAAAUUGUCUUAAUGAAUGCAAUUAUAUAAGAAAUGCGACCCUGUGAUAAUCAUCCAAAAACUUUCAUUAACGCUAUUAAAAUACACCUGAGCGUUCUUUGGGUCCAGAAAUUUACUGUUUGAAACUGUGAUUUUAUCAUUUCAAUAAUUACAAAAAAUAACAAGAACACUUUUUAAACCCUUAAGAUUAAAAAGCAAUAUAAUUAACAAAAAAAAAGUCUGUAAAAUAUUUAUUAUCAAAAACCUAUGGUUAUGCAUUUAAAUUUAGUUUAAAACAAAAACAAAGAAUUAGUUUAGUUUCUUUCAAAUCAGCGUCUGUAUGCUGAUCUGUAAACACCAUAAACAAUCUGUGAUUAGGCAUAUGGCAAAAGAAAAAAAAACCUAAAUCAAUUUAUCUUUUUUUUUUGUUUAUUCUACUAAGGUUAAAUGAGUGAUACGUUGUUGGAAAGUGAAGUAUGCUGUGAUCGCGUAUGUGGUACAAGGUGCAUUCCAUUUUUUUUAAAAGUUAUUUCAUAAACAGCAGUGUUUAAAAUCCUAUUUUGCAUUUAAAAAAUAGGUUUAAAGUAAAUGUUUUUAGUGUUUGUAUAAUAUUUAUACCAUAACAUCAGUUUGUUCGCAAAAGUUGAUCAAGUGGCAAUAUUAUUUUUUGCUCAACUCUGAACAUUUAAUUUAAAUAUAUAAAGAAUUUUAUUGUAAAUUUAUUC